AUUGGGCACUUCGAGACACUUCGCCAUUUGCUAAUACGGACCAACAGUACUCAACAAUCCGGGAUGGCAUUGGCAGGUCGCUGUGCUGUGAGCCUGUGUUUGACCUUUCUUUUCCGACCUCCUCCAGCACCAUGAUUCUAUCCAGAUUCACCUCCUUGACAUCCUCUUUCCCGAAAUACUUCCGCUCUCUCGCGACCGUACAAAGUGGUUCAAAAAGUCCAACAGCGGUUGUUAUGCUCAAUAUGGGCGGCCCAUCAACCGUAUGCUACCUUUCUUGACUCUGUUCAUUUUUAUUUCAAUCGAGUUCCAGGUCGAGGAAACGCACAAUUUUCUCCUUAAUCUCUUCUCCGACGGAGACUUGAUUCCAUUGCCAUUUCAAAGAUACCUUGCGCCUAUCAUAGCUAAGAGAAGGACACCAAAAAUAGAGAAGCAAUAUGCCGAGAUUGGAGGAGGUUCUCCGAUUCUUCGAUACACCCAAAUUCAGGGGGAGGGCAUGGUCAAGUUACUCGACGAACUCCAUCCAGAAACAGCACCACACAAACCCUACGUGGCAUUUCGUUAUGCACGCCCUCUCACCGAGGAGACUGCGCGUCAAAUGAAGGCCGAUGGCGUUAAGCGUGCGAUUGCCUUUACCCAGUAUCCUCAAUAUAGCUGCAGCACUACAGGCAGCAGUCUGAAUGAAUUGUACAGGAGAGGCAGAGCGGGAGAGUUUGGUGAUGUUGAAUGGAGCGUGAUUGACCGUUGGGGAACGCAUCCGGGAUUCAUUGAGGCUGUGGCUCAGAAUAUCGAAGCCUCUCUCGCUAAAUAUCCUCCUUCCGAAAGAUCAGAAGUUGUUCUUUUAUUUUCUGCCCAUUCCUUACCUAUGUCCGUGGUGAACCGCGGGGAUCCCUAUGUUCUUGAGGUUUCGGCGUCAGUAUCCACAGUCAUGGAUCGCUUAGGACAUUCAAAUCCAUACCGGCUUGUCUGGCAAUCACAAGUCGGUCCUUCCGCAUGGAUGGGUAUGCAAACAGGAGAAGCUUUGAAAGGUUUAGCUCGGUUAGGGAGAAAGAAGGUUAUUCUCGUACCCAUCGCCUUCACUAGCGACCAUAUCGAGACGUUGUAUGAGCUUGAUUUAGAGUACGCAGAAGAGGCGCGAGAACUUGGGAUACGAAUUGAGCGAUCAGAGUCUUUAAAUGAUUCUCCGGUCUUCAUACGAGCCCUUGCAGAUAUCGCCGCCGAGCAUCUUAACCAGAAAAAAGUGGGACCGACGAGCUUGCAGCUUGGACUUCGGUGUCCUGGAUGUACGAAUGCAACAUGCGGACAACAAAAAGCAUGGUUCGGAAAUGGAGGACGGGCGUGAUUGGAUGGUUUACAGGUUCAGGGUCUCAGUAUAUCCAGAUAUGUAAUUGGGAAAUUAGAAUUAGCCAUCGUUAAUACGCGUGGAUUCCUUUUUUCUUACACAACGGCC